AUGGGAUCUCUAGAAAAAAUAUAUGAUAAACACAUUAACCUCCAACUUGGAUGGCCCACACCAUUGCUCUUCCCGUCAAAACUUCUGACAGAGGCAACUCAAGAGACUCUGCUAAACAACAAAGUCGCAGCCCAAACUCUGGUCUACGGUCCUGACCCAGGGCAUGAGCUGGUACGCACAGGCACUGCGGAAUGGUUGACCAGAUUCUACCACCCAGAGGUGGGCGAUGUACAGGCAGAUCGGAUCUUUAUUACUCCUGGCGCCUCUAGCGCUCUGUCUAUGCUGUUGACCAGAUUCACCGACCCCAGCUUCACCCAGUACAUCUGGAUGAUUGAGCCAACGUAUUUUCUCGCCUGUCCAAGUUUCCAGGAAGCUGGGUUUCACGGACGCCUGCGGGGUGUUCCGGAGGAUACAGGGGGCCUUGAUAUUGAGUUUCUUCGAUCCGGCCUGGUUGAGGCUGAAGCCGAGCGGUGUCGGAAGAAGACCACGGAUGGCCUAGCCUUUGCGCGUAGCUCCAAGGUCUACAGGCACAUCAUUUACAUGGUUCCAACUUUUAGCAACCCUAGUGCCAAGGUCAUGUCACUGCGACGCCGCAAAGAAGUCGUGCAGCUUGCUCGAGAGUUUGACGCUCUUAUCAUAUCCGACGAUGUCUACGACUGGCUCCGGUGGCCUCACCCGAACAGCCCAGACGGCGCGGAGAUGCCUAAGCCUCUACCUCGGCUGGUGGACGUGGAUUGUGCUAUGCCUGGAAGCAGCAUCUGGGGUAACGCCGUAAGCAAUGGAUCUUUCUCCAAAAUUGUGGCGCCCGGGGUGAGGGUGGGCUGGAUUGAAGGCUCCCCGUUUAUUGCGAAGGAGCUGUGCAAGAUUGGUCCUGUGCAUUCUGGAGGCUGUCAGAGUCAGCUUUCAUCUAUGCUGAUCGGGCAAAUGCUGGUUUCGGGCAAGUUGGAAGAGCACAUCCAAUCGACGCUCAUUCCUGUGUAUCAGCGCCGCCACCGGGCAAUGCUCAAGUCUAUCCAAAUGCACCUAUUGCCCCUUGGAUUCAAGAUCCCCUCCAUCAAAACUGUCGAGGGCAACGGCGAUGAGGCAGGAUUGGCAGGUGGUUUCUUCUUGUAUUUAGAGUUCCCCACCGGUUCACCCCCAGCCGAGACCGUAGCAAAGGUUGCCUUGGAGGAGUUCAACCUACGGAUAGCGCACGGAGGCAUGAUGUGUGUAGCUGGGGACGCAGGAAGCGUGCAGCGGGGGAAAAAGGGCUUCGGUCAGGGCGCGAGGCUGUGUUGGGCCUGGCAUGAAGAGGCCGACAUUGACGAGGGUAUUCAAAGAUUAGCUUUAGCAUUCCGUAGCCUCCCGCAGUGUACAGGCGCGAUCAAGCAGCUGCAAACUGAUGAGACCUAA